AUGCCGGCGAUUGGCGCCUAGCGGCGGAGUGUCGUCUGCUGGACCUGAACUGAGCCGGUGCUAUCAGCUAGGACACGGUGCUUGUGAGAUGCAUCCUGUUAGCUGCACAACUGGAGCGGCCUAGGCACUUUCAUUCCGGGAAAUCAUAACAAUAAUUUUUUUAAUUGUUGUUUUAUAGUAAAGCAACUUGUCCACGGCGAAACAUUUCUACCCUGCGUCGGGCAGAUAAUGUCUGAAGCGAUGGAGUUGGACUGGAACCCAAAUCCUUCCAAAUGGAGCUUGAUCCAGCUGGCCUUAGUCUGCCUGUAUACCGUUGGCUACAGCGGAUUUAGCAGUUUUCCAUACUAUGUCUUCACUCACACAGGCCAUUUCUUCAUCCCUUACUAUCUUCUGCUGGUAUUAAUUGCACUUCCGGCAUGCUACGUGCAACUGAAGAUGGGGGCGCUGUACCGCAGAGGUGUGGUCGCCAUCUUUUCACACAUCGUGCCUAUUUUGAAAGGCGUUGGGGUGGCGCUUCUGAUCAUGACGUUCUUCCGGUCGAUCACGCAUGCCUUAGAACUCAGUUAUGGCAUAGUCUACAUGUUCGCUUCCUUGCAGCAACCCUAUCCUUGGGCACAGCAACCCAGUGACAACAUCAGCAAGGAGGAGGCCAAAAUCACCAUCUAUUCGUCCAGUCCCGAAGACCGCUAUUUCACGCAAGAAUUCCUGCAGAGGUCGGAGCACAUAGGGGCCAGCAGUCAGCUGGUGUGGUACCUGGUGCUUGCCUCCCUUGCAGUCUGGCUUCUCGUCUUCUCCCUCACCAUGCGAGGCUCCACGGGCUUCGCCAAGAUGGUGUACGUGCUGGUGCCCAUCACAGGCGCGGUGGUUGCCGUGGUGCUCAUCUACGCCUACGCCGCCAUCCCCAACGCCAGCGGAGCGCUGUCGCACUUCUUUUCCAACAACGCCCACACUCGUCAGGAGCACGGCAUCGUGUACGUGCAGAUGCAGCUGGGAGACGCAAAGAUGUGGCUUGACGCGCUUGACCUCCACUUGUACGGGCUCGGGGUGUGGGCGGGGGUGCUGCCCUCCAUUGGAACGCACCUGAGCAACAGGAAGGUGGUCAUCAAUGCCUCUGUGGGUGUGUUGAUGCUGCUGUACGGGAGUCUGCCCCACAUCUUACUCGUGGCUAUUGCUCCCUACAUCGACCCCGCCUACACCCUUGGCAGGUUCGGACAUGCGCAUGGGGUCAAGCCAGGACUGGCGUACCUGUUCAUAUCUAUCCCGCACACCUUCGCCAAGUACCAAUUAUCCCCCUUUAUGGCCUUCCUUGUGUAUCUCGCUUUCAUCCUGGUCGGCUUGCACCACCUGUGUCUGCACAUGCUGAUGGUCUGGGAGAACGUGUGGCCGGCUCUGCCUCACGGCUUGAUGCUCUUCUUCCGCCGACCCCCCCUCCUGCUGGCCGUCUUCUGCUUCGUGUCUUUCCUCCUGACCACACCUUACACCACUGGGUGUGGCAUCUACCUGUACCAGGUGGUGCGUUUCUACAUCGACCGUUUGCUCUUUGCGCUGGUCAUCUUCAGUAUGGUGCCGCUUAUCAUCGGCUACGUGCGCCAAGAGCUCUUCCGGACACCCAUCGAACGCAUCUGGAUGGGCGUCUGGUAUGGUCUGGCCUCAGUCACUGCCGCGAGUCUGCUCAUCUAUCAGUUCGCGGUGUACGUGUACCCCGAGGCGGUGGUGGAGUACGAGCAGCGGUGGGCUGAGGACCUCGGGUGGUGUGUGGCCGUCACACCGCUGUUACUGGGAGUCGUCCUCGGGGCCUUGCAUGCCCUCCUCAUGGGUGAGGGCAGCAUCUCGGAGCGGUUCCUGGGCUCGCUGAAGAUGGGACGACUGCCGGACCCCGACAACACUGACGACUACGACUCCGGCGAGACCGGGGACACGGCCCUGCAGGGCUCGCGCUCUCCGCACUCCACCCGCUCGCCGCGCUCCCUCCACCAUCCGCCCACGCACCCCCAGGCCACACCCCUGGCCGAGGCCUCCGGCUCGCUGUUUCCUAGCUCCUCCGGGUACGGGGCCACGGAGAAGGCGGAGGUGGAAGUGGUGAUGAACACCAGCAAGUCCUGCGAGGGCGACAUCGCACGUGUGUGAGAGAGAGAGAGACGGAGCUGACAGCUCGAUGGGGUCACGGAACUUCUGCCAGUUAGUGUUCUGAUUCAGUUGUGUCAACCUGUUCUGUGAGUCUCAAGUUCAGUCAGCUUCAAAUGUCAUCACUAUCAGAAUCUCUUAACAGUGGCCUAGACCUUCUACCUUAUUUAAAGAAAAAAGAAACAACAGCAUCGUGCAUCAGAUCGCCAAAAGAAACCAUUACAUAUCUUUUUACAUUUCUACAACCCAACACUAGACUAGUAGUCUGUCCAUACUUUUAAACCUAAACGCAUUCAGCAUUUUGAAAAAAAAUACUAUGAAGAACCUAUCCUUGGAGACGACUGAAGAUGAGCGAGUGGUUUUUUGUUUGAUCUUAUUUUUUACGGAAAGCAACAUCAAAGGGAAGGAAAGUAUUAUGUCAGCGAGCUAGAACACACAAAGUUUCGCAACCCUACUGUACCGGCCAAAAGAUACACGUGCAAGUCAGCGGGGGAUGGGGACAUUCAACACCUCGUCACCAGCUCCAUCAGUGAGAAUCCAGAGUUAAAGGAGAAACACAUACUGAUAUCUAAACAGUGCUAAAUUGUCCCUGACGCAGACAACCCGUUGAUGUGGCACUAAAGGUGAGCCCUUGCAUUCUCUUGUCCCUCUCAUGGUAUGUGGUUCCGUUCCACUACAACGUCUGUCCAUGCUACGGACACCUGCCAAGUAGCAGAACCGGAUCUGCUACUAGAUAGGUCUUCAUACUUGAAGGACUCGAACAACACAUUUGAUAGUUUAGCAGCUGGAAACACCUGGCAUCAAGUUUCUCAUAUUUUAUCACAGGUCCACGUUCCAGUUUCUUCAAACUUCUGCAAGGGGUUGCUAAAGGAACACCUCAAACAGUAAGGGACGAACUUUGCGUAAAAAAUGUUUCCAUCCACGCCCAGUACUAACAUCGUUCAUAGCUAACUGUCUGGCUGAACACCGACAUCACCAAGCCAAAAUUUCGCUGAUGGUGGAGCCAAGCAUUUAAUUUGAAAGAUGAUUGGAAAGAGUUGCCGACUUGUGUGGGGUUUGCGGAUAAACUAGGCUGAACAUUGAGGCUCACAUGUCAGUAUGUGUGGGGCGGCAGAACUUUGCUCACAUCCUGAACAGGAAUAGCAACUCCGCAGAAGUUAAUUAGUGGUGUUAUGAUAACUUUUACUUGAAGACUACUUUCAAAUAGCUCAAGAUUUCGGAGUGAGACCACAGGGUCUUUCGUGAUUGUUGUUGUUUCUUUUUCUUUUUUAUGCUUUAAGAAGGAAAAUAUUGCUGGAAUUAAGCUGUGAUGAUAAGAGUGAAAUAUCCGCUUCGCACAAACUAUGGAGCUGUGGAAGAUUAUAUUCUCUAUGAGCACAGGAGGUCACUAAAGAGUCUUACCAAAUAGCUUUUCCUUCUCGUCUUGCUCUGGUAUACUUGAGAUGGAGGAUGGUAUAGAAAGAAAAGUGUGUGGGGUGGGGGAUGUUUUCCUUAGUGUCAUCUAUCACUUUCCUUAGUGUCAUCUAUUACUUUCCUUAGUGUCAUCUAUUACUUUCCUUAGUGUCAUCUAUCACUUUCCUUAGUGUCAUCUAUCACUUUCCUUAGUGUCAUCUAUUACUUUCCUUAGUGUCAUCUAUCACUUUCCUUAGUGUCAUCUAUUACUUUCCUUAGUGUCAUCUAUCACUUUCCUUAGUGACAUCUAUCACUUGUUCAGUCGAGCAUGGGACUGUUCCGCAUGACAUUGGACUUCCAAGUCAUGUCAUAGCCAGUCGUCUGAACACUCUCCAUGCGAGCUACCCUUGUCCUUGCUCCAUCUCUAUUCACUUUUCACAUUGUUUCCUUCCUUUUACAUCGCACUUCCACCCAGCACAGGCCACAGUGCUUCCAAAUCCUGGUGAAAAUUAAUGAUCAUUACGAUUGGGACCGUUCUUUUCAACUAAAAUGUUUUUUGCUUUUGUUUUUGUUUUUGUCAACAGCGUCAUUUCUGUACUUCUGGCAUCUCUGUACAUUCGCUAAGCAUGUCCAUCCUAACCGACAGACGAUAUUAGAAAAGGGUUAGUUUCUAUUUUCUAGCUUUGCGAGUUGCUCAUGUUUCUGGACCACCAAAAAUAGGACGAGAAGGAGGGAAAGCUGGGGGCUCAAUGCUGGCUGUGUGAUUGUUUGCUGCUAUGUUCAUUUUAAUUUUCCAUCCCCUUACAUUGAAGAAUUGUUAGAUAGAAGAACCAUCAUUGGAACAACUAGCUUAUAUUUCACUGCCAUCGCAUGUUUGGUAUUGCUUGUCUUUGUCAUGCGCAGUAUGAAUGUAUUUAAUCACAUAAAAAGCAGAGAAAUGCAAGGUUACUUGGGAGACAAAGGGAUGGAACAGUGUUAUUCGAGGCUCGAAGGUCAGCGUCCACCUCCCUUCAAAAAUGUUUGUAAUGUGAAUCUAAACAGAGUAAAACCAUGAGCUUGUGUACUCGACCCUAUGUAACGCUCUGUCGUACCAGUAAGUCCUGUUUACCUUUCAUCACAUUUUCCAGUUUUCUUUCUUCCUCUCCUCGCCUUAAAACACUGUACAUUCCAACAUUUAUUUCUCUGCUAAGUCCAAUUAUUUAUUUUCUGUCGUUCCAUUUUUAUCACACAUAAUUCAUCGUGUUAUCCCUGUCGAGAUCAAAUUUCAAAUGUGCAUUUUUAUUCUUCAAGGCAAACGAUAUAAAAUGUUUUAUCUUUCAUAUACUUCCAUAUCUUCUAGAAACCACAUAGCCUAGCUCCAUUUAUUCAGGAAAAGAGAUUUGUUCUUCAUCUUGAGCUCAUAACUGCGUGUAAAAUAAGAACACGAUACUCGCUGAUAUCUUUUUGUUACUUUCUUCCCCGCCACACCGGUUUUAAUCAGGGUAGAGCACGGAACGGAGGGCUGCAGUGCUGUCUAGUCACUUGUCUGAUAUCAGUCUAAGCACCUUCACGAUGAUUCGCACUCAUUGAAACUUAUCACUGAUUUCAGAGACAGUUUGUGUACUGUGGCAUGAUAAACAUGUUUGUUCCUUAACUGUGGCAUGAUAAUAAUAAACAUGUUUGUUCGUCAACUGUAGCGUGAUAAACAUUUUUCUUCUCUGUGCCAUGAUAAACCUGUUUCUUCUUUAACUGUGCAUAAAAUCGGUCGUCUUGUUACUUCUCUUGUGGCGUCCUUCUUCUGGAACUCAAAAAUUCGAUCAUGCAUGUACCCGCCCCCUCUUUUUUAAAAAAAAAAAAAACCCACCCAGGUCUGUGUUAUUCUAUGAGCAGGAUGUAGAGGUUGUAUUGCUCACAGUUUACUAGAAUCAUUCACGGGUAUGCUACCUUGUAUUUUGUUGACGAAAUGGCUUACCUCUGUUGGUCUUAUGUUCAACCAUUAUUUAUGUUACGGAAGAAUAAUUCUAUAGUUAGCACGUGUGAUAGCUGCCCCACCACACACGUGGUCCCACCCACCUCCGGCUAUCACUGUAUAGGAUCAAGGGAAGUGACUCCUUCUGUUGACAUUCUUGCUGUUGUCUUGCAGGGAUCAUUCGCCGCUGGUCUUUGGAGACAUGUCCUGAUACUCCCAUUUCUGUACAUAACACAUUUGACUGUGCUUCUCAUCCUCCCUCUUUUUUUUUCUUUAAUGUAUUCUAAAACAUCAGCGAUUGUGUAAAAAUGUCGACGUUUCAGUGAAUGAUUGUAGCGGGGAAGGAAAAACACACACAGAGGUAAGAUUUUCUUUUUGUAAAACUGACCUCUGGGAGAGGUUUUGUACAAUGUAUCGCAGAUCAUUAGCAUCAUUGACGGAUCCCACCAGACCUUCCUUCCUCUCCGAUGUUAGCUUUACAUAUAGACAGUUCAAGAAAGCUUCUGUAACAUCUUUGCAUCACCUUUCGAAUAAUGCGUACCAGUCCCUAACAAGAUAACCAGACAGCUCUAGUUUUAUAAUUCCUAUAGUCGACAUGCAACUUUUAUUACAAUAUCAGCAAGAAUUACCAUGUUUACUGGGUGAUUCCAGCCGUUUUAUAAAGUACAUACGGCUAUACUGUGAGAUUUUCUUUGUUUGCAUAAACCAGGGCUUCUGCUUACGCAAAAAAAUUGCGUACAGUACGCAUUAAAAGUUCGGAUGACCUCUUCAAUUUUCGUCAAUGGGGUCCCCUUCAAAUUUGGGCGAAGAACAGGGACCCCUUAAAAAUCUGAAGAAGGGGUCCCUGAGACCCCAAAGAAUUUAGCCUUAGCAGAAGCCCUGUAAACCAUCUGCAGUAAACGCGCGUUACUGACUGCACAAAGACACGCGCAUAUGCGAAUAUGCGAACCCACAUGUUUGCUACACACGCAUGCGCAAAACAGGCAAGCACGUGCAUGUAUUUAGCAAUAACAACUCUUCAUUUAAAUGUGUUGCUAUCACCUGAGUGCGCCAGCAUGCAUCUGGGUAUUUCAUAGAAGACAUCUCAGUGGAAUCAGUGGAAAUGAUUAAGUCGUAAUAUUACUAAAGUCGUUGAUAUUGUGGAUCUGGUGAUUUGAGUACAAUAUACAAAUGCUUGUAAUGUAGACACUGUAAUUUGGAAGACCGCUAUAUAGCAAAUGCAUGUUUGCAAAAUUAUCGCUAAAAUGCGCGAUGUCGGAAAUAAACAGCACCUGGUGUUUAAUUGCUGCUACACACGCUUGUCCCCUGUGUCGUGCGAGACUCCUUAGACUUCCUCUUCUUGGAAGCUAGUCCUGGCCACACAGAUGAUGACCCACCUCACCUUCCCACCCAACCCCUGCUUACAACUAGUCGCUGUGUUGAAGCUGAGUUCGUGUCUUUUCAGUGUCAGAGUCUCUCACACCUCUGUAGACCCUUAAGCCAGACAAAGUUAACUGUCUUCUCCAGUCGCCAAAACGGACCUCGUGGAAAGCUUUCUCUAAAAUAUAAAUUAUGUAGUUGUUCCAUGGUUGUGACUCGUUACUGUUCUGUCACUGCUCGGAUAAUAAGCGAUGUCCGUGUACGAAUCUUUUAGCGAUGUGUUUUACAACUUUCUUUUAAUCUUUGUAGUUGAUAUAUUUGGCAAAAAACGAAAGUUACUAAAAACAAAUCAGGCGUCUUAUGAGAGACUCUGCGGGCUAUUUUAUGUACGGAAAAUGAGACGACGACCCUCAUGCAAGCCAGGACUGGAUGUCUGGAAUGAUUCGGUUUACCUGCUCAACACGAGGCCGGCAAUCAUGAUGAUUGUUAAUAUACCGGUCGUGCUCACCACGAGACCUCCUUGCACUCACACAGAGAUAGGUGCAGGAGGACAAAGUGUACAUAGAGCGAGUAAGUAUAGAGCGUUAAUAGUAUAGAAUAGUGUCACAAGAGAGCUACUUCCUUUAAAUUUGAAGAUUCUUUCAGACCAUACGUAAUUAAACGUUUACACGUAAAUUCAUCAACAUCAUCAUCGUCGUCGUCGUCACCACAAGUAUUGAUGAAAGACAAUUUGUCACUCGUGCGCUAAGAGGCCUACACGUACUGGCUUUGCUUUGGCAUUUGCCUGGAGGUGCAAGAACAAGAUUUCGUGACGAGUUCUUGUAUUGCUCACAGAACAUUAGUAGCAGCUCGUUUAGUAAGCAUCUUGUUCACGCUUUGCUGUCUAUGUAUCUGCUACAAACAUAACAUUCCUAAACCACAGAGCGCUACUCAAGUCUUGCAUGAAAACCGUGAUUUUAUUUUCAGAGUGUUCCUCAGUGAACACGGUUCAUUACAUCCGAGAUACGAACCCUCGAGUUUCAUAUUUCACUACGAUGGUGACUUUGAACGCUUUCUUCCCUUUCUGUCAGGACAACCGAUAUGAACGGUGAGCACAGCUCACCUCGAGUACUCCUGUUCGCUGAUGCACAGCCGUGGUAGUCUCUUGAAUCUUACCCUCUAAGAAGAAAAAAUUAGUUGGAAGAAAGUAGCAAGUAUCAAACGUGUGUCGAUGUCCACGUGUACAUCAGUGCCGGUGGCGGCGCUUGAACCAUUUUCAGUUUUUGUUGUCUUGUGUAGUUUUGGUUGUCGCGAGGUCUGCGUCACACACAGCAUCCACUGCACGCUGCAUACAACGGCUACGAGCUUAGCGGGCGACAUCAAACAUCCUCCGUGUUACGGAUCAUUUUGUUUUAUAACUAAUGUUAAGAAAUACUGCUUUUAGUUUCAUGGGAUUUGGUGGUGUUUUAGCGUAUACGGGGCGUCAGGAAGCUCAGGAAGAAAAUUGCUCACAGGUCAGAAAUUACGAGUUGGACUGUAGAAAGUUCGCCUUACAAAACGUUUAUCAAGAAGGACUCUAAUCUUCGUAAAGCGGGGGAGAACUGAAUGUCGUGUUGUGGGGUGCUUGAAGUUUCUGUAAACGUUUACAUUUUACGUCAGAGGUUUACUUCAUCUACUGUUUCGUAAAAGCAGUCCUGCACGAAAUAAACAUUGACAAACUUA